GAUUCUCACCUAGUUGAUCAUUUCUGAUUAGGUGAAGUUAAUAUUCUCUAUGUUUGAAUAGCUGAGGUUGACUAAUUAUUUUUGUAAGAUCAUCUUUUCCUCCACCUAUUCUUAUCUUUGAUAGUACGAAAGAUUGGCUUAGGGACUAGGUUAUCUCUGGGGUUGUAGAUAAGACUCUUUUCUAGUUUCUCAGCCUCUUUUGUCGAUAUGAAUCUUCCUUGAUACCUCAAUCUCUUCUGUGCCAAAUCUUUGCGGCAUUUGUAUCUUAUAGCUUUGCUCUUUCUUCUUUUCUUUUGUAGAUAUCUUUCAACUUUCUUUCUACGUUCACUUUCAGAAAGACCUCCGAUCCUUCUUUCUUGCUUUGCACAUACUACUUCUUUUUCUAAGCUUUCAUUCCUUGUGGCUUUUAUUGUAGAAGAGCUAUGAUUUCCCAACUUAAUCUCUGAUUGAUUUUCAGACCUCUGUUUCAUCAUUAUUUGGUACUUAGCCCAAUAUAACGACUGGUUCAUGCCAAAAGAGUUAAUACUAUUCAAAUUUCAUUUGGACAAUAAGUUAAAGUUUGUGAGCGGUUUGAAAGCUUUUGGUUUGAUAACGUUCCUGGUAUUUCCCAUCAAUGGAGCAAGGUUAAUCAUUUCAGAUCUAUCACAAGAUCCUCCAAUUUCAGUAUAGAACGAAAUCUCUCUUUCGGAACACAAAGAAUUCCUCUCAGAAGAGUAUGCAAAUGUUCUUUUGCCUUCUAUCGAGGAAUAAGUAGAAUUACUAUUCAAGAAAGAGUCUUUAUGCAUUGACCUGCCUUGUCUACAGUCCUCUAUCCCCUGAUUCUCAUUCCUCACAUGAGAAAAUGCAGAACCUGUGCCAAAAACUCCAUUGAACAAAUUCAUUUUAAUUUGU